UUUUUUUGGAUGAGUUUGGUAUCAAUAUAAAAAGCAAAAGUCGGUUUUUCUGGGCAUCAGUGUGUGGUUACUCAUCAGUGUGGAGCUGUGCUUGAGGAUGAAAGCGAUUAUCUUCACCGCUUUAAUAGCGGUCUGCAGCUCUGCAAAUCUAGAUCGGACAUAUCUUCCGCCAUCUUCAGCUAAAGCGGCUGGAGGCUCAUCGGAGAUCCUACAACUUCCGAACCUACCUAUCGGAAGUUAUGAGAACGACCAUCAAGGAGUCGUGGUUGAUGCCGCAGUUGGAACUAGAACCUCAGAACAAUCUGGGCUGUCAGGUCUAGGAGCUUCAAGAAUCAGCUACGGGUCCACAAACUCAAAAGUAGGAGAAGCAGCAUUCAGAGACAAACAUCUUCAGGGUGGAGCUUCUUUUCUUUCGCAAGGUUUUGUAGACUUUAAUAGGCCAGAGAGGGUUCAGGCCAGUCGUGAUCGUGUCUCCAAUAUAGUAAGGCUUGAGAAUAAUUUGACCCCUGAUAGCUAUAACUAUUUGUACCAAACUGACAAUGGUAUAAGCGCUGCUGAAAAGGCUGUUUCCGUCGAUGGAGUGAAGGCGGAAGGCGGGUUUUCCUAUACUGGUGAUGAUGGGCAAGUGUACACCGUGACAUACACAGCUGAUGAGGAUGGGUUCCGGCCCAAAGGAGCUCAUUUGCCAACACCCCCACCGAUCCCACCAGAAAUUUUGAAGGCCUUGGAGCAAAAUGCUAAAGAUGAAGCUGCGGGGUUGAUUGAUGAUGGCUCCUACGACGCGCAGAAGUACAAUACCGCCGGUGAUUAUUCAGACAGCAGCGAUAAUGAUAGAUAUAACGACAGACAAUCAAAUAAAGUGGCCAAUCGACCUGGAUCUAAUUCCCCUACAAGCUUUUCCAUCAAUCAGAACAAUCAGGCGUUUAAACCAAACUUUAAUAACCAGGCAGGCGACUUUAAUAAAAAAGAACAAACUAACCAAUUUCAAACAUCAGAAGUUUCAUCUAAUCUCGCAAGUGACACUACUCCAGGCCUCAUUAACAAACCAGAUAUAACCCAAGCAAGUUUUUUUACCAGCAAUAGGUUUGUAGAAACAAAUCCCUCACAAAAUUUUAAUCAGCAGACAAUCUCAACAAGUCCACAGUUUUCUGAACAAACUUUCGAAGGAACGUUAAAUGCAUCGGUCAAUGAUGGUAAACCUGGACCAUCGCAAGAUAUUGUAAUACCUCUUUCCCAACAACCUUUACAAAAUGAGGAUAAUGCACAAGCCGCAUUUCCAUCGGGAAAGCCGAUUAAUAUAAUGAAUACUAUACAGGGUAUUCAGCCUACACAAACUAGCUCUUUAGUUUCAACCAUAAACAACAAUGGAAACAUAAUCAAACCAUUCACAGAGACAAAGCCAUCAGAUGCUUUAAAUUCACAAGCAACUAUUAUACCAACCAACCAGCCAUCGAGGGAGCUUACUACUCCUUUUGAGACAACUGUAAUGUCAAACGUUGAAACAGACCGUAAACCUGUAAACACCUUUACAUCUCAGGUGUUUGAAUCAGCAACAGCUAACUUAUUUACCUCACCUCAAGCUGGAAAGCCGCAGGACAACGGACAACAGAGUCAGUUGACAAAUAAAUUUGAAGACAACAUUUAUAAUUACAAUAAACCAUCAUUAUCCCCAGACACUAUAUUCCAAAAGCCAUCAUUUCAAGGAUCUGACGAUAAGCAAAACGUAAAUGGAAUACCAGUCACACCGGAAAACGCUUUAACACAGCAACCAAUUACUUCAUAUGAUGAUGAAAUUUACCAGUACAAUAAGCCAAUAUUGUCUCAGGGGUCUUCAAAUAUUCAAGGCUUUGGUCAAAACCCUUCCAUAGAGAGCUUUACACAUAGUUCAGAUAUUAAACAACAAAUAUCUGCAAUUCAAAGUACACCGACAAAUCAACCGGGAUCAACAUACGAAAGUAAUAUAUAUCAAUAUAAUAAACCAACUUUACAUAGUCAAUCUACGCAGAGUCAAUCUACAAAUCAUGGUGAAAAACCGGAUCAAUACAAUAAGCCGUCACUGCAAUCAUUCAUGUUAAACCAGCAAACUUCACAAUCAAGUAUAUCAACAAUUUCUGGAGAAAUUUAUAAUAAACCUAUGUCACCGUUUCCAAACUUGAGCGCACAAAACCCAUUUCAAAGUAACUUUAUGCAAUCUCAACUAAAUAAUAAUCAACCACAGAACUUAGUUGGGUCAGUAAUAAGUCCAAACUCCAAACAACCAGUAUUUCAAAGUACCCAUAGCUCAUUUUCGCCAACAAAACCCUCCUUUGCAAGUAGCUUUCCAAUUAUGUUAGAACAAAAUUAUAGCAUACAAACCCCUAAUUUAAAUAAAGACCAAACAAUAUCUGAGAAUUUAAACAAGAGACCACCACAAAGUACAAUUGUACAACCACGACCCACUGUACCUUCGUUCAGUCAAACAAUAAUUAAUCAAUUCAGACCACAAGUGCCCAUUGGUACCUAUAAUUAUGACGUACCUUCCAAGUCCUUCCAGCAACCACAUUCAUCCUCUGAUCAAAGUAAAAUAACUCAAAGUGCUCACUCUUUUGGAAAUAAUAAUAAACCAACCUCGCAGCCGAUUCUACCAUCCACAACUGGUCAAUUACCGGGUUCAUUCCAAAACAAUGGCAUUACUCAAGCUUCAAUUUCUUCAUUUGCCCCGAACACUGGCUUACUAUUAAACCAGCCAACGAAUUCGCCAUUCAAUAUUAGACCUAGUUCUACAUUUGCCCAAGCUGCUGCAUCAACGGGACAAUUUCCAACAUUGCCCACUUUAACACCUCAAGAACCAAUGGCUACUUCACAGUUUCAACCUUCUAAUACAUAUGACGGUGCAAUCUAUCAGUACAAUAAACCCCAAGAAUCCUUCCCUGCUAAGCCUGAAAAAAGUGAAGAGAAAAUAAUAGAAACAGCUCCAUUAAAUGGUCAACUCAAUCCCCAAUUUAUAUUUAGUAUAGAUAAUAAAGGCUCUGUUAUUGAAAAGUUUGAAUUCAAACCUGUAUCAUCGCCCCAGGGGAUUCCUACACUUCCUAACACACCAACUUCUGAUCAAUUAAAACCAGAUCAUAGUAAGAAUGAACUCACCAAAGAAGCGGAUUCUCGUCCGAUCGGUUCAACAAUUCUUGGUAGCGCCUGUUGUAGUGGGCAUUUGCAACAGAACAAACAAUUUGGUAAGCCCGAAACGAAUCGUAAUGAAUUAAACGCACAAUCGUUAAUGCCGCAAGAGGCAAGUUCAACAAUCAAAGGGGAACGAUUUGAUGUUAAUAGAAUACCAUCAACCUUCGACUCAACGGGCUAUCAUUAUUAAUUAACUGAAACGCAUAGCAAAUAAUAGUGUGAUAUUAUUCUUAAUGUUUGGAGCAAUAAAUAAAUUAUUUUUUU